AUGUCAUUGGAAGUUAUCCGACAUUGUCGUGGUUAUGAGGAUGCAUUAGACGCUUUUUUAUCAACAUCCGCAUCGAUAUCUAGUAUAUCGAAACUGCUUUUGCAUCGUGUAAAUUGGAGACACAAAUUAGUUUUGGUGGAAUCUGUCAUCAAUGAUUGGACUUUUGUGAAAAAUCCUUAUACGCGCGACAUUAUGCUAAAAUACGCACGCAUUGGUAGGCGGGGUUCCUCGGUAUUUUUUUAUUUUGGAUAUUCUUCUUGCGUGUUUCUCUUCUCAUCUUUUAUAUUCGCCAAUUUUGAUUUGCCUUGGAGCUUUGAAGAGCAGAUUUACAAUAAAACAAGCGAAACGAGAAUGUUUUUAGCAGCUUAUUGCGUCUUCGGAAGUUAUACAUCUGUCGCUUAUGUCUUCGUCGAAGUCCUGCAGAUAUUACAAAUCAUUGUCAACUGUAUUUCGCAUUGUGGACAUGAUGGCUUUUUAUUUGAUCUCACAAUGCAUGUAUGUGGACAGUUCGAAGUUUUCAGGAUGGAUUUUUCUAAAAUAGAAAAUAGCAAAGAAUUUUUUGAUCACAAUAAACUUGGUAUGAUGUUAAAAAGACAUCAUUGCCUCAUAUAUUUAGCUCAUCAUUUACAAGAAGGAUUCAAUUUGGUUAUCUUAUUUCAACUUUUAUUGAGUGUGAUUUUAUUGUGCGUUGAAGGUUUUCAGUUUAUUUUUACGCUUUCGAUGCAUAGUACAUAUGCUGCCAUGAAACAUCUCCUUUUCAUAGCUGUUUUGUUGCUGCAGCUAUUUCUCUACUGUUUCGCCGGACAGACGUUGGAAUUACAAUCACAAGAACUAGCUUCUGCAAUUUAUGACUUACCAUGGUACAAUUUUGAUUUAAAUGUGAUGAAGAAUUUACCAUUAAUGAUCCUUCGAUCAACCAAACCUCAUCAAUUAACUGCAGGAAAGUUUCUAGCAAUAAAUUUUAUAAGCUUUAAGGAAAUUCUGAAAACUUCCGCCUCAUAUUUAUCCGUAUUAAGGUGUUCGAGAAUGAGAUCAAAUACGGAUUGGAAUACUGACACCACAAACAUUUUGAAAUUUUAUAAAAAUCUCCUCGGCAUAAUUGGACUCUGGGUAUUAAACGAGAAAAAUGUAUUCUCGAGAAUUCGAUGGUUCUUAUCAACUAUAGUGGAAACGAGUACAUCAAUCAUCAUGUCACUAGAAAUGAUUCGACAUUGUAAUGGUCACGAAGAUGCUAUGGAUGCUUUUCUAUUAAGCUCAUCGUCAAUAAUCAGCUUAGUAAAACUGCUUUUGCAUCGCGUAUAUUGGAGACAAAAAUCCAUUUUGGUGGAAUCGGUCAUCCAUGAUUGGACUUACGUGAAAAAUUCUCGCUUUCGUGAUAUCAUGUUAAAGUAUGCUCGCAUAGGUAGGCUGGGCUCUUCGAUAUUCUUCUGUUUAGGUUGCGCCUCGGUGGUAUCUUUCGUCUCCAGUGUCGUGCUAGCCAAUAUCAAUUUGCCCUGGACUUCUGAAAAGCACAUUUAUAACGAAACCAAUGAAAAGAAGCUGAUGUUAGCGGCCUAUUGCACCUUUGGAAAAUACUAUACAUCUUUUUUCACCUAUUGCGCUGUCGAAGUUUUGCAGUUCGUUCAAAUCCUCGUUAACGGCAUCUCGCAAUGCGGAAACGAUGGGUUCUUUUUCGAUCUCACAAUGCACAUGUGUGGACAAUUUGCAAUUCUUCGUAUGAACUUCAAUACAUUGGGUUGCGACGAAUUUUCCUGCUGUAGCAAACUUGACAUCCUGUUGAAGAGACAUUAUCGCCUCGUAUAUUUAUCGCAUUAUUUAGAGAGAGCAUUCACUCUAGUCAUCUUGGCACAAAUUUUAAUGAGUGUUGUUGUCUUAUGCGUCGAAGGAUUUCUUUUACUUCUUUCACUUGAAAUAAAUGAUGUUCUUACCGCUGCAAAACAUGGAGUCUUUAUUAUUUCACUGUUAGUCCAACUUUUUCUUUAUUGCUUCGCUGGACAGACGUUGGAGUUCCAAUCGAAAAAAUUAGCCUAUGCAAUUUAUGAAUCACCGUGGUACACUUUUGAUGUGAAUGUGAUGAAGAAUUUACCAUUGAUAAUUCUUCGAGCAGCCAGUCCUCAGCAAUUAACUGCAGGAAAAUUCGUAGCAAUAAAUUUUAUGACUUUUAAGGAAAUUUUAAAAGCUUCCGCCUCAUAUUUAUCUGUAUUAAGGGUAAUGAUAAAAACACUAUUCUUAAAAGUAUACGGUUUGUGGCCAUUACAGAAACAGACAGUAUUCACGAAGAUACAAUGGGGUUUUUGUUUGAUUGCACAGUUUAUGAUACUACCUUGUCUGACGACGGAGCUCGUCUGGAGCAGCAAGGACGCCAGUUCAAAUAUAGAAAGUAUAACGUUCUUUGCGUCUACGUCGACUGGAAUUAUAAAAAAUCUGUGUUUUAUUGUCAGUCAAAAGAGGCUGAGUAUUAACAUUAACGCUGCUAUUGAUGAUUGGUUAUCUGUUAAAAAUAAUGGGGAAACUAGGAAGAUUAUGAAGAAGUAUGCAGUUAAAGCCAAAAUACUCACUUUUACAUUAUUAUACUCGUUGUAUGUAUGCCUAGGCAUGUACAUAGCAGUCGUCAUAUUUAUUAAUCUGAAGCAGAUAUUCUCCACAGACAUGAAUUUAGUGAAUGUUAAUACAACAGAUUGGUUACUUUUGGUUCCAUCUGGUCCACUGAGUCAGUUGAUUACUGGUCCACAGUAUGCGAUAAUCCUGACUAUCCAGAUUGUUCAAUCAUGCAUAUUAUCUUUUUUAUUAUUUACCGUGGAUAGUUUCUUCUUCAACGUUACAAUACAUCUCACCGGUCAACUCAAGGUGCUUAAAAACAACUUCAAAACAUUUACGAACGAGUCGAACACCGAAGCAAAUUAUCGAAAAAAAUUCGUUAACUUGGUUAAUAGGCACAGCCUGUUAAUGGAAUUGUAUCAAAAUUUGGAAGAUACUUUUCAUUUUCUUAUAUUAUAUCAAAUUGUGAUAGUGACGAUUUUGCUUGCAUUAGUAGGAUUGCGUUUAAAUAUUUGUAUAAACGAAAAAAAUCAUGUUGAGGCGAUAAAGAGUUUUUUUGUCUUGAACUAUUUAAUAAUGCAAUCGUUGGUAUAUACCUAUGGUGGUGAAUUCUUGCAAAAGGAAAGCGAAGACAUAUUCUAUAUGUUGUACACAACUUCCUGGUUCACACUUCCUGCAGCAUUGAUGAAAGAUGUGCAUUUUGCAAUGAUGAGAUCGAGUAUUCCAUUUCGUUUAACCGGCGGAAAAUUUUUUUAUGUUAAUCGCGAGACGAUGAUGUAUGUCCUUAAGACAGCGGCCUCAUAUAUUUCAGUUUUAAGAAUAGCGCUACGAAAGUAA